AUGCUCUCAACGUUGGAGGACUUGGAGAAUCCCGCAUGGUACAGACACAACGUGGUGACACUGAUCUCAUUCGACCUCAAAGGCGCCUUCAACGGGGUGAACUGGGUAAGCUUUGAUGCCUCGCUACAGGCGAGAGGGAUCCCAAUGGCAGCAAGGAAAUGGAUUACCAGCUUCAUGAGUGAUCGGCACGCCAACAUUGGAUUUGACGACUUCCGAACCGAGACAGAGCCCCUGGCGAACGCAGGCCUGCCGCAGGGAUCACCACUCUCCCCCAUCUUGUUCGCCUUUUGCAACGCCGACCUGGUCGACCAGCCCGUCGAUCCCCAUGGAGGUACAUCGGCCUUCAUAGACGACUACUUCCGAUGGCGAGUGGGGUAUUCAGCUGAGGAAAACCUAACUAGAAUCCAGUCCGAGGAUCUUCCCCGCAUCGAGGAAUGGGCACGACGAACCGGAUCCUGCUUUGCAGCAGAGAAAGCCGAGCUCAUCCACCUGACCAGGAGAAAGGGAGAGCACUCAGUGGGAAAGAUCACCUUCAAUGAAACCGACAUCAAGCCAUCGCCGACGGCCAAGUUGUUGGGAGUGGUGUUCGAGCACGGGCUCCGCUGGAAGGAACACGUCCAGCAGGCCAUCAAACGCGCUACCAAGACAGCCAUUGCCUUAAACGGACUACGAAGAUAA